AUGGCUGACCUAAAGCCAAAAUCGCCCCGGAAACGUCGUACACGUGCUCGCCACCGGAAACGACAAUCGCAAUCGAAAGCCACGAAACAACUCCAACCCAAUAUUGCAGCCCCACCUGACCCACCAACCGAACCUCCACCGAUCGUGCGAAAACCAAAACCGCAACUAAAUCCUGAUUACAUUCAAGAGGAGCAGGAAAUCAAAACAUCAUUGGAGCGCUUCCGAAUCGACGAUCAAGGCAACCGAUUGAAUGACUACGAGCGGGAAGUGCUAUUUUUCGUAGAUUCCAUACCGGAGGUCUACUAUGAUGCACACGAGCAACUCGAGGAGGAUACGCAACCCGAUUCCGUUCCGCAUGAAAAGUCACCCUCAAUUCAAACCAUUUCCAAUGCUCAGGACUCGCCGGCACACCUGGCUUCGUCAUUCGUGCAACCCGAAGAGGAUAAGGUGAUUGAACAGUACAAAUUAGGAAAAAUUACCUUUGACGAUGAAAAUAUACUCUUCAUUCCAUCGAAAACGCUAUCAGCUACCAGGGCAGUUCUCGAGGAAGUCACUAUCCACUCUGACACGGAGAGUGCGAGUAAAGUGAGCAUUCCCGCAAAGCCUUCUCUCGACAAAGCCAAUAAAUCCCGUAUGAUCAACAGACUGAUCGAAGAAGAGCAAGAGCAAUGGUUCGAUGCCAGUGGCGAUUUGGCCAACCUGCAGAAUUUCAUAACCGACAAACGGGUAAAGGGAGUUUGCGGAAAAAAGUUCGUGCCAUACUUUGUGGAGCCGAUGCCAAUGUCCGAAACGGCAGAACAACUGCCCAUGGAACGAACGGUGAAGAUAUUAAUUGGGAAAUUACGCUUCGAGAAUCACCCAUCGUUUGACGAGAUCGUGCGAAUGAGACUGAAGCUGGAACAGUGUUACAGGCAGUACUAUACGAACAGAAAAUUGCAGGUGAUUCCCGUGUUGCAGCACAAGCUGGACGACUUGCGGCAAGCAAAUCAACAGACGGAACAGGAAGAUGUGGGUUUCAAGAUGCAACGCCGAGAGCUACGCAAACUAAUUUACAAAGAAGCGAAAGCCGAACGGCAGCUGGAGAAACAGAUAGUGGAGAUUUGGAAGGAUCUCAAGGACAAAAAAUCAGACCAAGGCUACCAAAUGACAAUCACCAGCAAGGAAAUCGACCAACAGGAAGACGACGCCCGUUUGAGCGACCGCUACGUAACGGAACUGGAAGAAACUCUCGAAGAAGAACAGCAACUGUACAUCAAGGAAAAGCAGGACUACAAAUCCUAUCUCCGUGAUCUGGAACAGAACAUCGAUGAGGGCGAAGUAGUGGCCGUACAGAAGCCCAAGAAACCCGACAUGGCACGACUGAGGCAGGAGUUCAAAAAAUCCUACAACGAGUCCUUCCGAACGGCGGACGAACCGCUGGUUAACUUGGUGCUACAAAAAGAUCCCGACAGUAGUUUUGAGGGCGGUAAUCUGAAGAAGGAUUUGCGCUACAAAAUCAAAUUCUUCAUCGAUGGGAAACACGUGGCGUCCACGAAGUCGAGGCAAUUUCAGAACAACUUUCUGGUUGAUUUCAACACUUCGUUUUCCAUUAAGCUGACAACGAAGAUUCCGGAGACCAUGAAUAUUGAGUUGUACGAGAAGAAUAGGUUGAAGAUAAAGCUCAAGAUAGCGGAAAUUUUCAUUCCGCUACCCGACUCCGGUGAGUUGUUUGAGGGUGGAGAUUAUGUUCAGUAUGAAUUUUCUUCGGGAAAACUUUUUAAAGCAAGCGAGUACCGGAAUGGUUCAGUUGACCUGAAAGUAGGAUGGUUAGAGCAGGGAGGAUCUAGCUUUCCGAGUCCGUCCAAGAGAAGAAACAUACCGAAGCGGAUUCAACUAUCGAAGGAUUUGAUUCAGAAAUGGUUCGAUGAACAGGCUCUGGCUCCGAAUGACACCGAUGCAGAGAUUCUCAUGAAAGCACUGGAAAAAGGGCAACGGGAACAGGAUUCGGACGACGAAAAAGAUGAUCUUCAAGAAAAGGAUGAACCUUUCGUGUUCAACGAAGAUUUGCUAGCAUUUUGUUCGGAGGAAGAGAUCAACGGAAAUGAGCGUUUGAACAUGUUGAGUCAAAGAUUCUACAGCAACUUGAAGUAUAAGAAUAUAAAGUUUAUACCACAGUUGGAGCGAGAGGUCGAGGUCCCAGAUGAGACCAAAAUAAUCGAUGAAACCCUCGGAACGGAUCCGAUUGAUUUGCAGCGACAUCGAGGGAAAAAGUAUCUCAAGAAGGUUUACGACACCAUAACCAAUCACUGUAGCGUGAUCAAUCAGGACAAGAUCGACGAUAAUUUGUUGAUUGGAGACCAGAUUCCCACGUUUGGGUCGUUGAGUUUGGCGUUCUUUGAAAUUUUCGGACCCAGAAGACCGUUGAAGCCUUCGCGGCGAUCGCCAAUGAGCCGGGCUUCGAUACGAGUAUCCGAUGUGAAUCAGUUCAAAGUAGUAGUUACGGUCGUGAGAGCGUUUGGCAUCCCCAGCAGGUCGGAUGACCACCAGCUUUCGUCGGCCGGGCGACGAAACAGCAACAUGUCCUCGACGAGAUUUUCUAUUCGUGCAUCGAACGUACGGCCUUACAUUACGAUUUCAAUCAAGGAUAAGGUGCUUCGGACAUCCACAGCCGAUGGCACCAAUCCCACCUGGAAUGAGCAGCUGGCAAUUCCAUUGGAUGCCGAUAGCGACCAAAUCAGGAGGUACCUGAACAUUGAUCUGUAUGAUGAAUUUAUGGAGGACUUGCUGGAGGAUGAUCGCGCAAGAUCAACCGAAGUUUAUCAGAGGAUCUCCAGUAGAUGGCUUGGACAGUUGCGAAUACCGAUAAGUACCAUCUAUCUGAAUCAGAGGAUUGAAGGCACCUUCGAGAUCAAAACGCCUCCUAUCUUGUUUGGAUACACACGCAGCGACAACGAAUCUCCAGAGUAUACCACGAUGCUAAUCGGCUCGAGCCUUCCGGAUAUGCGAGAACUGACGCACAUUUCACUAUUCAUUAAUCUAGAACCGAACGUGGAGAUCCCAAAGUUUGAUACCAACGAGUUGGAGUGUAUAGAACUAGAGCAAACCAAAGCACGGAUCUACCUAUGGUUUGAGGAAUAUCGUAAUGAGUUCCCUUCGAGGGCCAAAUUUCCGCUGGUAACUCUCCUCAGUGGUAAGCGAGUAUGUGUCACAAGACUGCUUGGGCCCGUCAACGUUCCGUUUGUCGUUGAUGAAAACGUCGAACGGAUGAUAAGACGAUAUAUCUCGUUGAUCCCGGUCUACUACAAUACAGAUGCUUGUUCCCAGUUAGGAGGCGUUUGGCUGACAAACAGAGAAAUCAUCAAUAUAAUGUGUGCAUCCCCGAAGGAUUUAGGAGUUUUGCUUGCCUGUUUCUAUAUGAUCCUUGAAUACGACGUUUAUCUGAUCCUCGGACAUAGUCUCCUGACCGGGGAUAGCACGUUUGUUUUGCUGCGCGAAGGAAGCGAAUACUUUAUCAUUGAUCCAAUCAGCGGAAGGAGGUACAACAGCACCGACACGUAUUACCCUCUGACUAGAAUCUACUACAUCGUGAAUCAGAACAACGUGUGGGGAAACAUACAAAAGGAGAAUCGCGUUUUUCUAACGCAGUUGGAUGUUAGUAAAUCGGCUUACUGGAGACCACUGUUUAAUCGCUCACAUGAUGCACCGACCGGUUGCAUUCAUGAUGGUAAUUUCCUGUACAAGAAUUCGCUCAGUGUUCGAGAUCUGCAGAAAACCAUUGAACGAAAGAUCAUGAAAAAAAUUGCCGUAUGGAGGACGCACCGUAAAACUAUAUGGAAUCGAUAUAUCAGUGACCAAUUGAAAUAUGCACUAUCCGGAAUGGAAGUGGAUGUUUGCAUGGACACAUACACGGAUCGGCACUUGGAAGUGUUCAACCAACUGUUUGCAUCCUACAGAAUAAACGGUUUUCCCAUCAACCUUGCAUACACCAACCUGUCGACAAUUAUAGCUCAGGUGAAGAGCACCGGAAUCCACCUGAACUCUGAAAAUAAAACUGAAUUCGCUCUGGGGAUUUAUGUCAAGGAUUACCCAAGCAACAUCUACUCGGUAUGGAUUUUCCUGGUUUCAUUAAUUCCCAAAAUGUAACGCAAGGCUUCUGUCAUCCCAAUAAAAAGAGUGUGUGAAGUUUUAUACAAUAAUAUCUACCUUA